AUGGAGUUUGUGCGGCGCGCGCUGUGGCUCGGCCUGGCGCUGGUGCUGAGGCCCGGUCCUGCCCACGGCCACCCUCAGCCGUGCGGCGAGCUGGUGGGCUCUGGGGGCUCGCUGCGCCUGGGCGCCUUCCUGCCCCGCGCGCCCGCCGCCCGCGCCCGCGCCCGUGCCGCCCUGGCCCGGGCCACCUUGUUGCUGCCGCAGCUGUCGCACAACCUGAGCCUGGAGUUGGUGGCCGCCGCGCCCCCAGCCCGCGACCCCGCCUCGCUGGCCCGCGGCCUGUGCCGAGCGCUGGCGGCGCCGGGAGUGGCGGCGUUGCUAGCCUUUCCCGAGGCGCGGCCGGAGCUGCUGCAGCUGCACUUCCUGGCGACAGCCACCGAGACCCCUGUGCUCAGCGUGCUGCGGCGGGACGCGCGCGCGCCCUUCGGCGCCCCGAGCCCCUUCCACCUGCAGCUAGACUGGGCCAGCCCCCUGGAGACACUGCUGGACGUGCUGGUGUCCGUGGUGCAGGCCCACGCCUGGGAGGACAUCGGCCUGGUGCUCUGCCGCGUUCGGGACCCCAGUGGCCUGCUGGCCCUCUGGACACGCAGGGCCGGUCGGGCCCCCAAGCUCUUGCUGGACCUGAGCCGGCCAGACGCUGAUGACGCAGGGCUCCAAGUACGCCUGGCCCCUCUAGGGGCGCUGGCGGGGGCCGAGGCCCCAGUGCCCGCAGCUGUGCUCCUGGGUUGCAACGCUGCCCACGCCCAGCAGGUGCUGGCGGCCGUGCCCCCAGGGCCCCGAUGGCUACUGGGCACACCGCUGCCUGCCCGGGCACUGCCCACCGAGGGCCUGCCACCCGGGCUACUGGCAGUGGGUGAGGUGGCCCGGCCCCCACUGGAAGCCGUCAUCCAGGAUGCUGUGGAGCUGGUGGCGCGGGCAUCGGGCAGAGCAGCCCACUUGCAGCCAGAGCGUGCCCUCCUCCCCAGAAUAGUCAGCUGCACUGAGCUGCGGCCAGCCGGACCUGAGUCCUUGGGCCGCCUCCUGGCACGGUUCCUGGCCAACACCUCCUUCCAGGGCCGCACAGGGCCAGUCUGGGUGACAAGCACGUCCCAGGUGCACAUCUCUCGACACUUCAAGGUGUGGGGCCUCCGCCAGGACCCACUGGGCACCCCGGCCUGGGCCACAGUGGGCAGGUGGUACGACGGGAGGCUGGAGCUAGAGCCAGGGGGCACUGCUGCGAGGCCCCUGCACCCGCCGCGCACCCAGGCCCGGCCCCGGCUGCGCGUGGUGACGCUGGUGGAGCACCCGUUUGUGUUCACCCGUGAGUCAGACGAGGAUGGCCAGUGCCCGGCGGGCCAGCUCUGCCUGGAGCCCGGCACCAAUGACUCGGCCACGCUGGACGCACUGUUCGCCGCGCUGGCCAACGGCUCGGUGCCCCGUGCCCUGCGGAAGUGCUGCUACGGGUACUGUAUCGACCUGCUGGAGCAGCUGGCGGAGGACGCAUCCUUCGACUUCCAGCUGUAUAUUGUGGGUGACGGCAAGUAUGGCGCCCUGCGCGACGGCCGCUGGACAGGGCUGGUGGGUGACCUGCUGGCCGGCACGGCCCACAUGGCGGUCACCAGCUUCAGCAUCAACUCGGCCCGCUCCCGCGUGGUGGACUUCACCAGCCCCUUCUUCUCCACCAGCCUGGGCAUCCUGGUGCGCACGCGCGACACCGCCUCGCCCAUCGGCGCCUUUACGUGGCCCAUGCACUGGACCAUGUGGGUGGGCGUGUUCGCGGCGCUGCACCUCACCGCGCUCUUCCUCACGCUGUAUGAGUGGCGCAGCCCCUACGGCCUCACGCCCCGCGGCCGCAACCGCAGCACGGUCUUCUCCUACUCCUCAGCCCUCAACCUCUGCUACGCCAUCCUCUUUGGGCGGACCGUGUCCAGCAAGACCCCCAAGUGCCCCACCGGACGCUUCCUCAUGAACUUGUGGGCCAUUUUCUGCCUGCUGGUGCUAUCCAGCUACACGGCCAACCUGGCUGCUGUCAUGGUCGGGGACAAGACCUUCGAGGAGCUGUCGGGGAUCCACGACCCCAAGGUGGGGCACCAUGUGGUGAGGGGGGGCCUGGGUCUCAGAGCUGGGAGCAUGGACACCCACCCUCACCCACCCCAUCCCGAACCAGGAACCCCUGCCGCACCAGCUGUUCACUCCUGCAAUACUGAGCAUCUGCGAAGCGACCCUUCCAAACUUGAUGCCUUCAUCAUGGACAAGUCCCUCCUGGACUAUGAAGUCUCCAUCGACGCCGACUGCAAACUGCUGACCGUAGGCAAGCCGUUCGCCAUCGAGGGCUACGGCAUUGGGCUGCCCCAGAACUCGCCGCUCACCUCCAACUUGUCCGAGUUCAUCAGCCGCUACAAGUCCUCGGGCUUUAUUGACCUGCUGCACGACAAGUGGUACAAGAUGGUGCCUUGCGGGAAGCGGGUCUUCGCCGUCACGGAGACCCUCCAGAUGGGCAUCUACCACUUUUCGGGUCUGUUCGUGCUGCUCUGCCUGGGCCUGGGCAGCGCCCUGCUCAGCCUGCUGGGCGAGCACGUCUUCUACCGCCUGGCGCUGCCGCGCAUCCGCAGGGGUAACAGGCUGCAGUACUGGCUACACACAAGCCAGAAAAUCCACCGGGCCCUCAACACCGAGCUGCCAGGAGGGCAGAGAGGCGAGAAGCCCGAGCCAGACUCGAGAGAUCCUGCGGAGCCCCACCAGCAGGAGGCGGCGGCGCUGGAGGCAGGCUCGGGCGGCUGGAGGCGAGUACGCCGCGCCGUGAGGACCGAGCAGCGCCGCGUGCGCUUCCUGCUGGAGCCCGAAGCCUCGGACGUCGACGCGGAUGCCGGGCCGCCCGAGGGCCCCGUGUGGCUUUGUUCCAACGGUCGCGCGCCAGCCCCGCAGCCUGCAGGUGCCCCAGGCCCGGGGGAGUUGGCGGCGCUGGAGAAGCACAUAACCUGCGUACGCGAACGGUUGCGCCAGGCGCUGCUCCGGCGCGGAGAGCUCCUGGCCCAGCUCGGCGAUGGCGCCCGUGAGCCUCAAUGA